AAAAUUCAAAAUAUGCAGAAAGCAAACAAAUUCUUGUAAAAUUCGUAUCGUUUACAAAGUAAACUGCUAUUGGUAAAUUACUUUCUGCUAUGAAGAAACUGUUAAAGUGUAUACGAAGCAUUGUGAAAUACCAUAAAUAAUGGAAUCGCCCGUAGCUUCGGUAUUGGACUUCUCGUCCUUCGUAAAAGAAUUAAGCCAAAGUCCGCUAGCCGAUUACGCGAUCAGUGCCAACAGCAGCAGGAACUGCUGUGAAGCGGAUUCGUUUCUGUCUAAGAAAUUUGAAGGUGCAAUGCAAAAAUUGAUUUGCAAUUACGAAUUAGAUGAUGAUAAUACUGUGGCAACAGACACUUGCACCAAGGGUAAUACACAAAAAGCUAGUGCCUUCUGCGAUAAAGAGAACCACAACGAAUCACUAGCAACAACUGUGGACUUCGACGAGGAACCGCUCGAACUAACCGGUGAAGAGUUUGAUGAAAGUGGCGAAGGCAGCUCCGAUGAGCAACAACACUCUAGAUCAUUGUCUCUAUCGUAUUCGCUUUCGUUUUCUCAUGCACAAGAAAACUUCUCCCAGUACUCACAAAGUACGGAUAAAGGACUCUCCAAGCGCUACGAUUCACCAUGCUCGUACGAGGAUGAUCGAGAAUCCGAAUGCAGCAACUUUGAUAAGCUGGACGAUUGGAAUGAUUUUAUCAGCGAUAUGCAGAACAACAAUGGGGCGGACGCUGCUAGUCGUGAUUUCAGAGAAUAUUACGACGAAUACGUAGCCGGUAAAGGACAGCCAGGACCUUCUACCGAUCGAACAGGAAUGAGUGAUGAUAGCACCUACUGCGAAAUCGAAACUAAAGAGUCGUCCAACCUUUGCGGAAAGACUGAAACGAUGGUGGACGCUGUACCCAGAAUUAUACCAGGGCAGCAGACAUCUUCUAUUGAAAAAUGUCGAAGUUUCUUGGAAUAUCGUAACCCAAGCAACGAAAUGGAAGAUGAUCUAAUGGCGAUAGAAGAGGACGUGGCAGAGCUAUCUCUGGGACAUUCUUCAUCAUUUAAACGGAAGUUCCGCUAUGACGACUGCGAAGACUACGAAUACGAAGUAACCACCUUGAUCACGGAGAAAUUCCACAAAACGGACUUUGUGCCGGAUCAUGGUAGCCACGAACCGAUUUCCCUCAUUGAUGAUGAACAGUUUGCUCGAUUGACGAACGUAGAAUCCAUCUGUAAAACGCCUAUACCAAGCCAACAUGUAAAAUCUGACGUGCACUGUGGGGAAUCAAUCACAGAUGAUCCAGCUGUCUUACUAGAUGAUGAAGAAGAAGCGGCUGUAGCAACCACCCCUACUCAUCAACGAAUGUUCGAAAACACUACAGAUGACAUAAAGGCCAGUCAAAAGCCGUAUAAUAAAGCCAAAAACAAAUAUUCCAAAAAUGAUGCUCCAACGGCACGAAGUGCAAUACGACCAGUUAUCGACCUACAAGCCGUUGAUAGCAGUUCCGCACAUCAACGUGUAAAUUUAAACACAGAUUUGAUACCAAAAGCGGAUGUUCAAAGUAAUUUUCAGUAGAUCUUGAUUUCGUUGAGCCGUUGAUCGUUGCUUUACCUAACUUUAUGUGAUUUUAUUUGAUUGAAAUUUGUUUUGUAUUAACUCAAGUCAAUUUUUAUGUGAAGGUUCUAACUUUAGACAGAACACAAUCGAAUGUAAAACUUCUCAACAAGCUCUAGUCUUGAACUUUGGUUUUUACGCAAAACAGGUCUUGAAUAAGCAUAAGAUUUAGUUCGUAAGUUGGAUGCAGGAAAUAAGGACUGGAAAGCAAAAAUUCGAAGUCACAUUUUUAAACUAUAAGGUGUGUGCUGUGCUCAAAGAAAUAUAUACCUGCCUGUAGGUAGAAAUUCGAUUUUCUUAUAUAAUAAUUAAUCAGUCUUCGUGAUAAACGAACAAUACCAAAAAAAACCGCUAGCAAAUACUAUGACAUAAUGUAGUAAUUGACUUUCAAACUUGACAAUUAGAAACCAUUACCUGUAAUUUACCUGAAAAAUACUAGUGGCAGAGAAACAUUGACCCAAAGUAUCAGAAAUAUUACUUACAAGACAUGAAACAAAGAAGAAACAGCAAAG